AUGUCCGGUCCCACCAAAGCCCCAGAACAAGAAUCUAAGCCCAAGCCAUGUUGCGUUUGCAAACCCGAAAAGGAGGCCAGAGACGAAUGUCUUCUCUUCAACGGACAAGAAGGAGGCAAAUGUGAAGAGCUUAUUGCGAAGUACAAGAAGUGUAUGGCAGGCUAUGGUUUUAACGUUUGA